GAACCUUUCUUAGGAUGCUGGCUGGAGGGGCCUGACGCGCCAAGGCCCAAGGCGGGUUUGUCUCAACUUUCUCAACCUCGGGAAGGACUCGACUUUCUCUCCAUCUCGGGCGGGCUGAUCUUACUUUCUCUCUUGUCUCAACCACGAUCGACCAGGCUUGACACCAGCAGCCCGCAGCAGCCGCAGCAGCAGCAGCACUACACUCAGCUCUUUUGCAUCUUGACAACGUAGUGUCCGAAGCGGACGACGUCGAGCAGUUGCAACCAUGGCCUUUCGCAAUGGGUCGUUUGCGACCUUCCUCAUCGUGUGCCCAACGAGUUUCUUCCUCGGCAUAAUCUUCUCCCUCUUCCCCUACGACUACCCAAUCCUAUGGUCCACGACCCCAACGCCGGCCACGCACUUCGACUAUUUUGAAUCCCACCUCCGCUUCCUCCACGCCUCCCCACCCCUCAUCCCACGCAUCCUCCACAUCGUCAUCUUCUUGGGUCUGGCCGGCCUCGUCACGAAACUCUACCGUCCCUCCGAGAGCAACAUGCUCUUCGACGGCGCAAGUCUGGUGCUGUAUAUGUGCGGCGUGACGGUCUAUAUCGCGAACAUCGUCAAGGGGUUGCGGCUGGUCAGCGCGGGGAAAUACGGGGAUGAUUUACUUCCCGGGAAUGGUGGUGCAGCAGCAGCAGCAGACGAGGAAGGCCAGAUUCUGGGGAGGGAGGACUCGCUUAAGGUCCUGGCGGCUAGUAAUACCAUUCUUGCGCUUGUGUUGGUCGGCGUGCUUGUUUUGCAGGCGGGGCAGUGGUAUGCCGAGCGGAAGGAGGCGCAGGAGGUGGAGAGUUUCAAAACUUCCCCUUCGUCGAAGAAGGGGUCUGCUGGGAAGGGGGCUGAGGGGGAGGAGAAGGAGAGGGUUGAAGGUGAGGACGAGAGUGAUCGCGGGAAGGAGAAUGUGAAGGAUACUGCUACUGCUACUUCUACUGGUAGGGUGACCAGGCAGGCGAGUUCGAGGAAGAAGAAUUAGGGAUGGAUUCAUCUGGGAUUCUGGGCGAGGAUUGUGUUCUGUUGAUUGGGAGGAGGUGGUGCAGGGAGGUUGGGAAGAGGUGGAUUGUGGAUGGGGUUUCAGUGUGUAUGUGUAUUUCUUGCUGCUGAGACGGCUGAUGUGGUAUUGGAGUGGUGAACGUUUGUGGAGGGUCCAUCGGCUGUAUAUACCUUGUAUACUGUAGCUGUAGCUGUAGCUGUAGGCUUGCUGGACUGGUGGUUGCUUUCACGGGUUGGGAUGCUACUGGAGUGACGAUGGUGAUGAUGAUAUAAGGGCCAUUGCCAUGAAGACCAACUCCUACGAGAAAAUUCAUUCUCAUGCCUCCUAUAUACACAGACCCGGACAACAGUCCCACCCCUCUUGAGUCAUCAAACAUAAACAUAAUGGCUAUAAUUUGGGAGGGGGAAUCAUUUAACAAACACAGCAGAAAGCGAGAGACAAGGCUAAUAUGAACAAUAACAGUAACAACAA